AUGGUAAAUACAGAUACGAUCCCGUUGAUAGGUCGAUUCGAACAUCUUCCUGGGCGACCUAAGUCUGAUGAAGCGAGACCCUUGUUGGAAAAAAUAGCGAGUCAAGUCAAACCUAUAAUGAAAAAGAGAGGAUGGAAAGUUGGUACUUUAUCAGAAUUCUUACCUUCCAAUCCAUCAUUGCUAGGAUUAAAUCAAGACUCGGGGCACAGAAUCAAUUUACGUUUAAGACCACCCGGAGCGGAAAAUUCUUUUUAUGAAUAUGAUCAACUGGUUUUAGUGAUGUUGCAUGAGCUCACUCAUAAUACGCAUGGACCACACGAUGCUAAAUUCUACAAACUGUUAGGGGAGCUGGAAGAAGAGUAUUAUGAUCUAAAGAGAAAAGGUUAUUCAGGUGAAGGUUUCCACAGCGAAGGAAACCAUCUAUCAGGUUUGAGAGUAUCAGAAUACGAAGGAAAGGCAAAAGGUUUAGCUGCAGCUCAGAAGAGGUUGAAUCAACAGCGAUUGAUAGGUAGAGGUGGGGUUUUAGGUGGACAGGCAGUUCAAGGGAAAAGUAUGAAAGAAUUGAUUGUAGAGGCAGCGGAAAGAAGAUUGAAAGAUGAUAAAUCAUGUGUUGCAGGGCACGGUGUCGAAGUGGAAGAAGAGAUCCAAAAAGCCCAAAAAGAAAGUAUAGGUAUAAACGCCUCCGAUCUCUCCAGUAAUACAAAUAUGGUCCAAGAAGAAGAAAGCACAACAUCACAUCAUCAGCAACAAAGCAAACAGCGGCAGGAUCCUGUAAUUGAUCUGACUGGAGAUAGUGACGAUGAUUUUCCUGCUUCAGGAAGUAAAGAUACACCCAGUUCAGCUGACAGAGUGAAAAAUGAAGAUGUCAUCCCGUCGAUAGGAACAGCUGCAAAUUCACCUUCUUCCCGAACGUUACAACCACAAUCUCAUAAAGACACCUCAUCCUCAAAUUCUUAUGGACAAUCUCGUUCUUCUUUGUCUCGCUCACUGAACAGAAUCACCCCUGUUCCGCAUUCGACAACAAUCGAGUGGACCUGCUCCGCAUGCACACUGAUCAAUUCAUCUACUUCGAUGACUUGCGGAGCGUGCCUCACUCCUCGUCCAAUUCCGACAGGCAAGAUUGCAGGCGAGGGAAUCAAAACUGAUCAAGGAUGGUUCUGCGGGUUCUGUCAAGGUGGUCCGAUGGAACCGGAGAGAUGGAGUUUGGCUCCCGCUGCUGCCGCUGCUGCUCCUUCUUCCAAGGCCGGUGCUUUCGACCUCGCCACCCUUUUCGUCGCCGACAAAGCUGCCCGAGAUGAGGCUGCUGUCGAUCUCGCCACCGCCGCUAAGAAGAACGGUGUUGAAUUCUUCGGUCAAAUCGGUCUCAAUGAUGCCCUCGUAAAGGCUCUUACCGACAAAAAAUCCGCUGCUGCCCGAGAAGGUGCUGCUAGUGCCAUCUCCACUCUUCUCGAGAACGGUGCCGCUCCUUUACUUGAGCCAUACAUCGUUUCUUCAGCUGCCAACACUCCUUUCCCCGUCCUCCUUGAGGCCUUCGCCGACAAGGCUAAAGAGGUUCAAGCCGCGUCUCUCGCAGCUGUAAAAGCUCUUGUACAAAGCAUGAACCCAUGGGCCACUUUUGUCAUCCUCCCUGCUUUGCUUAACCAAAUCAAGACCGCCGGUAAAUGGCAAGUCAAAGCUGGUUCAUUGGACGUCCUUCAACAACUCAUCUCUUCAGCUCACGACCAAAUGGCUCAAGCGAUGCCUGACCUUAUCCCUGUCCUUGCCGAAGCUGUUUGGGACACCAAGGCCGAAGUCAAGAAGGCUGCCAAGACCACCCUCACAAAAGCUUGUGCUUUAUGUGAGAACAAAGAUAUUGAAAAAUUCAUUCCCGCUUUGAUCAAGUCGCUCCUUAACCCCAUCGAAGAGGUCCCCAAGACCAUCACACUCCUUUCUGCUACCACCUUCGUUUCCGAGGUCACUGCUCCCACAAUCUCCCUUAUCGCUCCUCUUCUUAUCAGAGGUCUCGAUGAACGACCCACUGCCACCAAGCGAAAGGUCUGUGUUAUCGCCGAUAACAUGUCCAAAUUGGUCGACUCUGAGUACACUGUCCGACCUUUCCUUCCUCGAUUGCUCCCUGGUCUUAUCAAAUGUUCUGAGACCAUCGCCGACCCCGAAGCUCGAUCUGUUGCUAACCGAGCUAUCGCUACCCUUCGACGAAUCGGUAAAGUCCCCGAGACUUCCGACGGUUCCGAUCUUCCCCCUCUCAAAAUCGCCGAAGGUCCCAACCUUGCCACCAACUUUGUUGCUUUGAUCAAGAAAUUCGGUGGUGUCUCCGUUGAGCAAGCCAACCCUGGUAUUGCUUACGCUGGUGUCCUUGCUGCUUCUCUCGUCAACGCACACAACUAUCAACAACAAAUUUGGGAAGCCACUCUUCCUCAAUACAUCAAACUUGCUCUCCCUACCUACGAUGCUCUUCCCGCCGUUCGAGAACUCCUCCAAAAGAAGGCUGACGAGGAGGAGACCGAUGAUAUCAAAUUCGCCGAUGAGGAAGAGGGCGAGGAUCUCUGUAACAUUGAGCAAUUCAACUUGGCUUACGGUGCCAAGAUCUUGCUCCACCACGCCUCUAUGCGACUCAAGCGAGGUCACCGAUACGGUCUUUGUGGUCGAAACGGUACCGGUAAAUCUACCCUCAUGAACGCCAUCAUCAACAACCAAGUCGAUGGUUUCCCCCCUCCCACUGAAGUCCGAACUUUCUACGUACAACACGAUAUCGACGGUUCCGAGGCUGAGAUCUCCAUUAUCGACUGGGUCCUCGCUGAUAAGCGAUUACUUGCUUCCGAGGAAGAGAUCCGAUCUACCCUUGAGUCUGUCGGUUUCGACCCCGUUAAACAAAAGCACUCUAUCGGUUCCCUUUCCGGUGGUUGGAAGAUGAAGCUCGCUCUUGCCCGAGCCAUUCUCUUCAAGGCCGAUAUUCUUUUGCUUGAUGAGCCUACCAAUCACUUGGAUGUCCUUAACGUCGACUGGUUGAUUAACUACCUCACUUCCCUUACCCAAUGUACCUCCAUCAUCGUAUCUCACGAUUCCGACUUCUUGAACAGAUCUAUCACCGAUGUGCUCCACUUGAACAACUUCAAGCUUAAGAGAUAUCCCGGUAACCUCGAAGCCUUCGUUAAGAUGGUUCCCGAGGCUAAGGCAUACUUCCAACUUGAUGUUGCGGAGGAAUACCAAUUCAAGCUUCCUGCUCCUCCUCUUCUUGACGGUGUCAAGACUAAAGAGAAAUCUUUGCUCAAAAUGCGAAACGUCAACUUCCAGUAUGUCGGUUCUCCCGUUCAACAACUUUACGACAUCAAUCUCCAAGUCUCCCUCUCUUCUCGAGUCGCCAUUCUCGGUCCUAACGGUUCCGGUAAAUCCACAUUGGUCAAACUUUUGACCGGUGAGACCGAACCUAACAAGGGUGGUCAAGUAUGGAAGCACCCCAAUUUGGUCAUUGGUUACGUUGCUCAACACGCUUUCCACCACAUCGACAACCAUCUCGACUCUACCCCUCUCGAGUACAUGCUUUGGCGAUACCAAACCGGUGAGGAUCUGGAAGAGAUGCACAAAGCCAACAGAGUCAUGACCGAGGAGGAAUUACAAAAGAUGAAGGAAGGUGCUACUUUCAUCAAAGAAGGUGUCAAGAGGAUCAUCGACGAAGUUCUUGCCCGAAAGAAGCUUAAGCAGUCUUACGAAUACGAGGUCUCUUUCAAGGGUCUCUCUUCCGCCGAGAACAUCUGGUUGUCUCGAGACGAACUUGUUACCCGAGGUUUCGAGAAGAAGGUCAUCGAGCUCGAUACCCGAGAAGCUCAACGAUUGGGUCUCAUGAGACCUUUGGUCAGACGAGAAAUCGAGAAGCACUUCGAAGAUUUCGGUCUCGAGUCCGAGUUCGUAUCUCACAACUCUAUGAGAGGUCUUUCAGGUGGACAAAAAGUCAAGGUUGUCCUCGGUGCCGCUACAUGGCGACGACCUCACAUCAUCUGUUUGGAUGAGCCUACCAACUACUUGGACCGAGAGUCACUUGCUGCUCUUAUCGCUGCCUUGAAGAACUUUGAAGGUGGUGUCUUGAUCAUCACCCACAACCGAGAAUUCUCUGAAUCUAUCUGUUCAGAAGUGUGGGCAAUGAGAGAUGGUUACCUUGAAGCUUCCGGACACAACUGGGUCGAGGGACAAGGUUCCGGUGAGAGAAUUGACAAGAAGAAGGAUGAUGAUGACGAAGUAGAAUACGAUGCUCUUGGUAACCCAAUUGCCAAAGCUAAGAAGGUCGCGAAAGUAUCAGCUGCUGAUAAACGAAAAGCCAAGAAAGAUCGAAUGGCUAGAAGAAAGAGAGGAGAAGAAGUUUUCACGGAUGAAGAAUUAUAG